CUGCCUCAGGCUUCAAACUUGUUCCUGAAUCCUGGACCAGGGCGGCUACCUAGACAACGUGGAUGCAGAAGGCGUCACGGCGACCACCACGGACCGCCAAGAAAAGUUCUAGCUUUAGCAAAACACUGCUGAAAGGUUUACCUAUUCACCACAAGGAUGGACCAGGGCGUAGCCAAGUGCCCUUUCCUGCAUGGCGAGACAUCAAGGAAGGAGAGUUCAGACCGUCCUGCAGCCGUUCAUUCUUCAGAACAGCCAGCCCCUGGCCAGUGCCCGUAUGGAUUUGGUUCAGCUAAGCCUAGGGUUUCAGAACCAGCUGCGCAUGGGAGCAACAUGGAGGGCAGGUGUCCUUUUGGAUUUGGUGCACAACCAAAACCCUCGGGGCCCAGCAAAGAGGCUGCAGAGUUGUCCGACAGUUUAGAUACACUGGCCCUUGAUGGGCACGGCUUGGUUGAAGAGCAAGCCCGGGUUGAGGGCCAGAGUUCGGAACCAAAGUGUCCAAUGGGCUAUGAUGCAGACACAGUCAAAGUUGGCCCCUUGACCUGUCUCGUCUGUAAGUCUUUGCUCUUCAAGACUGUGCGGAUCUUGCCAUGCAGGCAUAUGUUCUGCAACAGCUGCUGUCUCAGAUUGGGUUCCUGUGGGUUGUGCGGUGGUGAAUGUAGGGCUCUGGAGCAGGAUGAUGAGACUCGGAUGCUGGAUCAGAACGUCCGCUACUUUGUUGAGAAGUAUGCAAGAAGGAAAAGGAAAGCACCGCAGAAUGACGUGAAGGUGGCAGAGAAGGAAGCCGGACGAAGCUUUGCAGAAGCAGAGGUUCCGAAACGGGAUUCGGAAACCGGGGACCUAUCGCUUGAACAGGGCGGCCUGCUAUUACAAUUGGCGAUGAGGGCUUACGCAGGGCGGAAUAACGAAAGUGCGAUCCAUCUUCUGAGGUUGUGCGAAGAAGAUCUGAGGACUGCUCUUGCUGAGGAGGGGGUUUCAACGAAAGUUUUGUGUCAGCUCGGUGCAGUGAUGGCUGCCCUCGGCGACUUUAGCAGAGGCUCUCAGGACCUUGAGCAGGCGGAGUCUGCAUAUCGAGACAGCGCAAAAUGGCUGGAACUCGUGGAAGAGAAGAAUGCCGAGGUUGUUCACGACCUUUCUGUGGCGUACAACAAGCUGGGUGACCUGCACUACCUUGCGAAGCGCGCAGAUGAAGCACGGAUAGAAUAUCUGCGUGCAUUGCAGCUGCGACAGAGUGCUCACACCGCGGAUGCAACGGCAUCAGAGGUCCUCGAUCUGGUGGUGUCCUUCACGAAAGUUGCUGAUUUGGACCGUGCUUCGAAGAAGGACAAGGCUGCAGUGGCGCAUUUCCGGGAAGGUGCAAAGCUGGCGGCAGAGCUGGGGCAGAAGCGAGACACGUACAGUGGAGCCAUCGAGCAGAAGCGGUUGUCGCUCCUCCACUUCAUCCUCACACAAGUGAAAGAGCUGGGCGAAGAUGUCUGAGAAAGGGACACGGAUGUUUUGUAAGGAGGUUAUAUCGUUUGAUGAAAGUCCUUCUAAGUGUACCAUAGAUUUGUUGGCUGCCAAGGUUGCACAUACUUGUGCAGACGCUUUGUCCGUUGAUAAGCAUGCACUGCUAGCUAGGUCUUCUGUAGUUAUCAAAACAAAGCAGUCCGAAAUAAUGUUAGACGACUCCUUCAGUUCAUAUUAUAAAGAGACGGUCUGUAAGUAGUUUUAAGCCUUGAAGCGCCACCCAGAUCCUUGCCGCCCACGUGGCAACCUGAUCAUUAGUGAUUAUACGGUGUACCUGCUUUCAAAGCACAUGACAAAAGCCGAACCCCGCAUGUGUUGCGUAGCAGCUGAG